AUAAUAAAGGGCAUAUAUGACAAACCCACAGCCAACAUCAUUCUCAACAGUGAAAAAGCUGAAAGCAUUCCACUCUCAGUACUUUUAUUCAACGUAUUGGAAGUCCUAGCCAGAGCAGAGAGACACAACCAAGUUGGAUUUUAGUGAUCAAUCUAAUGGAAAAGUGUAUAGUGGAUUUAAUAGGAGACCCUGUUGGCAGUCUUACCAGCUAGGAAUUCAACAGUCAGCCUUACGAAGAAAAGGGAGGAAGCAGCGUAUCAUCACUUUGCUUUCCUUGAGGUAAACUACUUGACUGUGAUAACAGUUCUAAUUCAGAACAGAUAUGUCAACCCAAACACCAUUUUCUAAUGUUCAUUUCCAGUUAAUGGAUUUAUCUAAAAAGACCCUUUGUCUUAGGGACACAGACCUUGCCAACAUAGCAUUCUCUUUUUAGGACCCCCUUUUUUAAAAUUAGAAAUGAACUCAAUGAAUGUUCCAUAUAUUUUACUGCCAAGGCAUUUAAAAAUCUGUUUUCCUUCAGGAAAUUCUCAAACUGGUAUGAACUCUUUCUUCCCAGGUACCUCCAGAUCAUCAGUUACUCGAUGUAAACCGGGAGCCAACUGCCCCAGUUCACACAGUAGCAUCAGCAGACAACUGUCCCCUCUGUCUGUCACCGAAGAAUCUUCUGCUCCUAUUCUUGAACUUCAGAGUCGAGGAUCCUCUGGAGUUUGUGGACACAGAGCCGAGAAGCAGAACAGAUCAGGGGAUGAUGGAACACAGACUCAUCCUGAGGAUAGCAGCCAGGGAAACAGAAUCAAGGCUCGCUGCCUAUCCUGUACGUCUGUGGUUCUGAAGGCCAUCUGGGGACUUUUGAUCAUCCUGUCAGUGUCAUCGUCUUGGGUUGGAACCACACAGAUUGUAAAAAUUACUUAUAAGAACUUCUACUGUCCAUUUUUCAUGACUUGGUUUUCAACAAACUGGAACAUUAUGUUUUUCCCAGUCUAUUACUCUGGUCAUCUGGCCACUGCUCAAGAAAAGCAAUCUCCAAUGAAAAAAUUCAGGGAAUGCAGUCGAAUUUUUGGUGAAGAUGGUCUGACACUGAAGCUCUUUCUUAAAAGAACUGCUCCCUUUUCUAUUCUAUGGACUUUGACUAAUUACCUGUAUUUACUGGCUUUAAAGAAGCUGACAGCCACAGAUGUCUCUGCUCUGUUCUGUUGUAACAAAGCCUUUGUCUUCUUGCUGUCGUGGAUCGUGCUGAAAGACAGGUUCAUGGGAGUGAGGAUAGUUGCCGCAAUAAUGGCAAUCACUGGCAUCGUCAUGAUGGCGUAUGCAGAUAAUUUCCACGCUGAUUCCAUCAUAGGAGUAGCAUUUGCAGUGGGCUCGGCCUCGACAUCUGCACUGUAUAAGGUUUUGUUUAAGAUGUUUCUCGGAAGUGCCAACUUUGGUGAAGCAGCACACUUUGUCUCCACUUUGGGUUUCUUCAACUUAAUCUUCAUCUCCUUCACCCCGGUCAUCCUGUAUCUCACCAAGGUGGAGCACUGGUCCUCGUUUGCAGCUCUGCCGUGGGGCUGUCUCUGCGGGAUGGCAGGGCUCUGGCUGGCCUUCAACAUCCUGGUGAAUGUUGGUGUGGUGCUGACAUACCCAAUCCUCAUCUCCAUCGGAACAGUGCUCAGCGUUCCUGGAAAUGCAGCUGUGGAUCUCCUGAAGCAGGAGGUGAUAUUCAAUGUUGUCCGCCUGGCUGCUACCAUCAUCAUCUGCAUUGGGUUUCUGCUGAUGCUAUUGCCGGAGGAGUGGGAUGAAAUUACCCUGAGAUUCAUCAACAGCCUGAAGGAAAAGAAGAGUGAGGAGCAUGUGGAUGAUAUCACUGAUCCCAGUGUCCACCUGAGAAGCAGAAACAGGGCCAUUGGGACUGUGUCCAUACCACUGGCUUAGAGAGGAACACAUUUUGAACGCACGUGUAUGUAUAUUCUGUGAAUAUAAUAAAAUUUUCUCACCACCUGUACACUCAAACGACAGUAUUAACUCUGAAUUUGCAUAAGUCAUAUGUGAAAUAAUGCUAACAAUAAAAGUUUACAUUUAUAUGCUUAUCAAGGAACUGGUGUAAAUAAUCAUAAUAAAUUUUUUUAUUAAAACAUAUUCAUACUUGUUCUAUUUCUUCUGGGUUUUUUUUUGGGAGGGGGAGAUUUUCCCCUAAUUCACAAAAUUUUCUCAAAAUAUGAGGUUCUAUUAAAUUAUGGGCUUGUCAUUACCUUUUUCUCACCUGGAACUGAGACCUUUUCAUUCAAUCAGAAAAAAUUGCAUAAGAGGAGAAAGUACAUGAAAAGGAUACACACUUUACAUAUAUUUAAGUCCAAUAAGAGCCUUCAAUUUGAAAGCUGGAAAGUAAUUAAGUAUCAACAGAGUAUCUUCCAUAUGCAAGACCUACACUAGGAACAAUGAAGAUGUGAAGAUGUAAGACUCCAUCUGUACUUUCAACAUGCUUACAGGAGUACAGAGCAUAAAAGAGGUUAGAAAUAUCUCUAAUAUGAGGUAGACAUUUGGAAAUGGUAUAAUGGUUAUGGAGAGGACAUCUAUUUCACCAGUUUUAGAGCUGUUUACAUUUGCUGUCACUUCAAGUCCCAUUCACUCUUCAACCCACCUUCUGGGCACCACCUUCUGCCCACAUCAUUCCUCUGGUGAAGUGCAUUCACCAAAGUCACCGAUGACCUUUUUCUUGCAAAACCAUAUUGACACUAUUCAACUCUUACUUUAUUGUCCUCUCUGUAGCAUUUGCAUGAUGACCAUUCCUUUUUCCUGCAAUGUUCUUUUCACCUAGAUCCCAUUAUGGUCUCCUGGUUCUCUUUCUGCCUUACUGGCUGCUCCUCUGGACUCCUCUUCCUAGGCUGGUCUCAUUGCUGUCCGUGUUCAGUCCUUGUCCUUCUUAGCAUCUCACUCCACACUCUCUUCCUCAGAGAUCUCAUCUGCUUCCACGGCUUUCAAUGUCAUCCAUGUGGUGAUGGCUUCAUAAUAUUUAUCUCCAGCCCAGAUUUGUCCCCCAAGCUUCAGAUCUGACUAUCCAAAUUCCUUCUGCAGCCUCACUUGGAUGCCCCAUUGUUCACUUCACGUUCAAGAACAUAGUUAAAUCUAUCAUCUCUCCUCCUCAGACCUGCUCCAU